AUGCCAAUCCUCCUGUGGGCCAUGGCUGGUAUAUCGUUCUGUGGGUUCCUGGUGUCACUAGGACUGCUCCUUAACCAACACUUGUUUGGUUGGGCGAUCGCUACGGCAUGCUUCUUGUCAUUGAAUGCGAUCAUCUACUUCCUAAUCUCGGCCUCUCUUUACUUCUCUCUUCGUACGGCUCGCAAGGAGAAAACUUCGAGUACAAAGAAGCUGCUUCAGAGACUUAUGAUCUGGACCCUAGUCAAUGGAUUCAUCUUUACCUUUGCCGGUAUCGCGUCAGUCGUUUUAUUUGUGGUCCGCCUUGACAGUGUUCUAUGGGUUGGUGCACUUUCCGCCAGCCAACAAUUCUUCUCUGUUUCAUUCUUAGCAUCCCUCAAUGCUAGGAAAAGUUUACUGAAGAUCGCGAACACCAAUACAGAAGAUACGGCCAUCAAGCCGAUCUCAGUGAUCAAUGUGCGGCCUUCCCGACUUCUGUAA